GAUUUAUGUGUGAACCUCAGCAGUUACAGACAGAGCUUACAUUUUGUGGGUGGCUCAAGUCAGUAAUGAGCUCAAUAUGUGUUUAUAUGUGUUUAUGACUUUGUGUCUGCCUCAUUGUGUGUACAGUUUUGUGUUUGUGCAUGAAUGUCUGUGUGUGUGUGUGUGUGUGUGUGUGUGUGUGUGUGUGUGUGUGUGUGUCUGUUUGUCUGUGUGUGUUACAGCAUUGUGUAAUUUUUCAAAACCCAAAAGUAGCAACCGAUCACUUUCCAAUCCUGAAACCACAACUCCCGUUGGGUUCCACGCUCUGGUAAAACUCCACUAAAAAUUCUGUGACUUCUCUUUCCUUCUCAGCCUUUUUCUCUCCAUGGCCCAGGUUGCUGAGCUGCUGCCUCCUGCACUGUCUCCGCUUUCAGAGUGACAUCACUGGAGUUUCCCUUCUGCAGAAGCAGCUGCCGCAGCAUAAAUACUACAAGCUCUCUGACUGAAGUUCACUCUAACACAAUAGCAACACAAAGGGACCAGUAACACCACAGAGCACUGGAAGCACCUGAAGGUACAGACACAGCAUCCAGCCAAGUGUUUAGUUGGUAGAUAUUUCUAAACAGCAAGCAGUAAAGACUCUAAGAUCAGAGUUGUGCAUAGUAUGGUGGCAUACACAACCGCACUAGGUGACGUGGAGAUGGAUCUUGAGGCGAGGCCAGUGGUUUUGGUAGAAAAGAAGUCAUGUACAGGGCAGAUAUGGAAGGUGUCCACGCUCAUUCUCGUUGUGGCCCUUUGUUUAGGAGGCUUCCUGCUGUUUGCUUGGUGCUGGAAUGGAAGGACAGAAAUUAUGACUCAAUCAGGCCAAACAGAAGCACUAAUCAAGGAGGACACUACUGAGAAAACAGAUCACCACUACACGCUGAGGCGAAUCAGCAGCAAAGCCAAGGCAGCCAUCCAUUUAGAAGGUAACUACGAUGACAGCAAGAGUGUGAAAGACCAGCUGGAGUGGAGAAACGGUCAAGGCCAGGCGUUCGCUCAGGGUGGCUUCCAACUGGUGAACAACCAGAUCGUCAUCCCACAAACUGGCCUCUACUUCAUCUACAGCCAGGCAUCGUUCAGAGUCUCAUGCAGCGAUGCCGACGAGGAGGGAGCGGGAAAACACCUAACACCUCUCAGUCACAGGAUCUGGCGCUACUCAGACUCCAUAGGCAACAGAGCCUCUCUGAUGAGCGCGGUGAGGUCGGCGUGCCAAGACACCGCUCAGGAGGACAGCUACAGAGCCGGACACGGCUGGUACAACGCCAUUUAUCUGGGUGCAGUGUUUCAGCUGAAUAAAGGAGACAGACUGUGGACAGAAACCAACCAGCCAUCAGAGCUGGAGACCGACGAGGGCAAGACUUUCUUUGGUGCGUUUGCACUAUGAAAUGACUUUUUGCUGUGAUACUAACAGAGAAGAUGCAAAGCUCUGUACAGUGCCAUACAUUUUGGCUUUUUUAAAACAUUAUAUAUGUUUUUUUAUUCUCAUUAUUAUUCAUCUUCAUGGUGAUGUAGAAAUGUUUAAAUCUCAAAGGAGAUAAAGCUUGUAGCCAAACAGGCGGUGUGGAUUUUUAAAAAUCCUAUAAACUGUAACAGUUUGCAACAUUAUUUCUAUUUUAGGCACUUUUUUACAUUAUUUAUGCUGACCUGAGAUUGUAAUAGGCUGGACUUUCUCUGCUGUAUCAGAUUAUGACACUGCUCUUCACUGGAGAGUUUAGUUCAAGGAUUAUGAGGAUUAAGGACAGAAAUAUUAUCAUGUACUAUUACAACCUGUAUGUAUUUAUUUGUAUUUAUUUAUAUUUAAAUCGGUGGAAUUGGGUGUUAAAGAUGAUAUUUAUAUACUUUAUGUGCACAUAAACUUCAUUAAAAUGCAAGAAAACAAUUAAAAAAUGUUGUGUCAUCACAAA